GUGCGGUCGGGUGCCCCCGACAGGGUGGGUCCGCACUGGGCCCGGGCCCUCAUGCGUGCGGCUGCCUGGGAAGAGGCCGCUCCGGCAGCUGCGGUUCCAGGUGCAUCUGGGCGGGAGGACGGCACAGGUGGGCCUGGCAGACGUCUGCAGCCUGGAGAGGGACAGCACAGGGCUCGGGUCCUGAGGGGCAGGGACGGCACGCUGCUGCCACGGGCCCCUCUAGGCCAGGCCGCUCUGCCGGAGCCAGACACGCGUGACCCUGCUGGCGGGGAGGCACCAAGCAGGACUCCGAGGCCACAGGGGCGUCUGCACUGUGCGCUGGGAGACUGCGCGCCGGUCCCGCCCGGUGUCCCGGCCCCUGCGGUCUCUGUGGGCCUCAGCCAGCAGCCUCUGAGCCUCUGGCCGCCCACCCCACCCCCCCGCCUCAGCUGUGUUGCCCGGGAGCCACGCCCACUGAUUCUUAAACGCCCACGACUGGACCUACCAGUGGGCCCUUGCCGAGGGGGCCCCCCGCCAGGUCCCCGAGCAGCGCCGCCUACCAUGGACCCAGACCCCCAGGCGGGCGUUCAGGUGGGCAUGCGCGUGGUGCGCGGCGUGGACUGGAAGUGGGGCCAGCAGGACGGCGGAGAGGGCGGCGUGGGCACGGUGGUGGAGCUCGGCCGCCACGGCAGCCCCUCGACCCCUGACCGCACGGUGGUCGUGCAGUGGGACCACGGCACCCGCACCAACUACCGCGCGGGCUACCAGGGCGCGCACGACCUGCUGCUCUACGACAACGCCCAAAUCGGCGUGCGGCACCCCAACAUCAUCUGCGAUUGCUGCAAGAAGCAUGGGCUGCGGGGCAUGCGCUGGAAGUGCCGCGUCUGCGCCGACUACGACCUGUGCACGCAGUGCUACCUGAGCAACAAGCAUGACCUCACGCACGCCUUCGAGCGCUACGAGACGGCCCACUCGCGCCCGGUCACGCUGAGUCCCCGCCAGGGCCUCCCCAGGACCCCACUGCGGGGCAUCUUCCAGGGGGCGAAGGUGGUGCGGGGCCCCGACUGGGAGUGGGGCUCGCAGGACGGAGGGGAAGGGAAGCCAGGCCGAGUGGUGGACAUUCGUGGCUGGGAUGUGGAGACGGGCCGGAGUGUGGCCAGCGUGACGUGGGCUGACGGCACCACCAACGUCUACCGCGUGGGUCACAAGGGCAAGGUGGACCUCAAGUGUGUGGGCGAGGCAGCCGGCGGCUUCUACUACAAGGAGCACCUCCCAAGGCUCGGCAAGCCGGCGGAGCUGCAGCGCAGGGUGAGUGUGGACGGCCAGCCCUUCCAGCACGGGGACAAGGUGCCGUGCCUGCUGGACACAGACAUCCUGAGGGAGCUGCAGGAAGGCCUCAGCGGGCGGAGCCCCAGGAUGGCCGAGCACAACUCCUUCCGGGCGGGCGACGUGGUGCGGGUCAUCGACGGCCUCGACACGGUGAAGCAACUGCAGGCCGGCCACAGCGAGUGGACGGAAGACAUGGCGCACGCCCUGGGCCGCGUGGGGAAGGUGGUGAAGGUGUUCGGAGACGGGAACCUGCGCGUGGCGGUCGGCGCUCAGCUGUGGACCUUCAGCCCCUCCUGCCUGGUGGCCUACCGGCCCGAGGGCGACUGCAACCUGGACGUGGCCGAGCGCACCCGGGAGCACAAAAGCUCCCUGAGCGCCGCCCUGGACAAGCUGCGCGCCCAGAAGAGCGACCCGGAGCGCCCGGGGAGGCUGGUGGCGGAGGUGGCCCUGGGCAGCCGGGCCCGGGCCCUGGACCUGCUUCGGAGGCACCCUGAGCAGGUGGACACCAAGAACCAGGGCAGGACCGCCCUGCAGGUGGCUGCCUACCUGGGCCAGGUGGAGCUGGUGCGUCUGCUGCUGCAGGCCCGGGCGGCCGCGGACCUGCCGGACGAGGAGGGCAGCACGGCUCUGCACUACGCGGCGCUGGGGAACCAGCCCGAGGCCGCCCGAGUGCUCCUGACCGCGGGGUGCCGCCCCAACGCCCUCAACGGCGCCCGGACCACCGCGCUGCACGUGGCCGUGCAGAGGGGCUUCCUGGAGGUGGUGAAGGUCCUGUGCGAGCUGGGCUGCGACGUGAACCUGCCCGACGCCCAAGGGAACACGCCGCUGCACUGCGCCAUCUCCGCGGGUGCUGGUGCCCGGGGCAUCGUGGAGCUCCUCACCCAGGUGCCAGGCAUCAACCUCACCGCCACCAACAGCCAGGGCUUCACCUUGCUGCACCAUGCGUCCCUCAAGGGCCACACGCUGGCCGUCAGGAGGAUUCUGGCCGGGGCGCGGCAGCUGGUGGACGCCAAGAAGGACGACGGCUUCACAGCGUUGCACCUGGCCGCCCUCAACAACCACCGGGAGGUGGCACAGAUUCUUAUCCAAGAGGGCCGCUGUGACGUGAGCGCCCAGAACCGCAAGCUGCAGUCCCCGCUGCACCUGGCCGUGCAGCGGGCCCACGUGGGGCUGGUGCCACUGCUGGUGGACGCCGGCUGCAGCGUCAACGCCGAGGACGAGGACGGGGACACGGCCCUGCACGUGGCACUGCAGCGUCACCACCUGUCGCCCCUGGUGGCUGAUGGGGCCGGGGGGGACCCGGGGCCUUUGCAGAUUCUGUCCAGGCUGCAGGCCUCGGGGCUCCCCGCCAGCGUGGAGCUGACGGUGGGCGUGGCAGUCGCCUGCUUCCUGGCGCUGGAGGGCGCGGAUGUGAACUACACCAAUCACCGCGGCCGGAGCCCGCUGGACUUGGCCGCCGAGGGCCGCGUGCUCAAGGCCCUGCAGAGCUGCGCUCAGCGCUUCCGGGAGCGGCAGGCGGGCGGGGGCCCGCCUCCGGGCCCCAGGCUGGUGCUCAGCAUCCCUAACACGGUGACGAACCUGCAUGUGGCGGCGCCGUCGGGGCCCGAGGCGGCAGAGUGCCUGGUGUGCUCGGAGCUGGCGCUGCUGGUGCUGUUCUUGCCGUGCCAGCACCGUACGGUGUGCGAGGAGUGCGCGCGCAGGAUGAAGAAGUGCAUCAGGUGCCAGGUGGUCAUCAGCAAGAAGCUGCGACCCGACGGCACGGAGGUGGCCAGCGCGGUCCCCGCGCCCGGCCCGCCGAGGCAGCUGGUGGAGGAGCUGCAGAGCCGCUACCGGCAGAUGGAGGAGCGCAUCACCUGCCCCAUCUGCAUCGACAGCCACAUCCGCCUCGUGUUCCAGUGCGGCCACGGCGCCUGCGCGCCCUGCGGCGCGGCGCUCAGCGCCUGCCCCAUCUGCCGCCAGCCCAUCCGCGACCGCAUCCAGAUCUUCGUCUAGCCGCGCCCCUCGCUCUCCGCAGCCACGUUCGCGUCACCCUCCGGAGCCCCACCCCCCGUGUUUUAUAAAAAGAUUCACGCACU